GCGGAAGUUAAGCGGAAGUGACGCACGAGUACUCAGCUUGAACCAUGCUUGAAUGGAGGUGACCUUAGUUACAAUAAAAGUGUAAAGUAAAGGAACUUGAAGGGGACACCGCGGGUAUAUCACGUCCGUCCGGGCUGAUUUAAAUGCUAAACUUGAAUCUUAAAUAUCAGUGAAGACUUGUCGGAGUGAGCAGGACGGACAGAGAUGGCGGAGGCACAUCAGGCACGCGUGCACACUGUGGUGGAAGAAAUGGUCCAAAGCCUGGAGAGGGAUCACAUCCGUGUGAUGCAGGGUCGCAUGUUCAGGUGCAGCGCAGAGUGCUGUGAACGCUCCACAGACUCCAUGACUGUGGUGCAUCAGUGCAUCGAGAGGUGUCACACCCCUCUGGCCAAAGCUCAGGGACUGGUUACCUCAGAGCUGGAGAAGUUUCAGGACCGUCUGACCAGAUGCACGAUGCACUGCAACGACAAGGCAAAGGAUCUUUUUGACUCCGGCGCCAAGGAGCCAGCUGUUCGAUCACUGAUGGACCGCUGCGUGGGCAGCUGUGUGGACGACCACGUGAACCUGAUCCCCAGCAUGACCCGACGACUCAAAGAGAAUUUGGACUCUAUACAGCAGUGAGAAGCUAUAGUCUGUCACGGAGACUCAGCCUGAGGUCAUUACACGCACAUACAGCAGCACAUGGUCAGUUAACCCAACCAGUUUGACCAGUAACACCUGAAGAAUAGAGGGGUGGAACACCAUGAAAAGGUGGAGAGAGUGGAGUUUUAAAAUGGAUGAGUCUUGACAAGUUUUAGAGGCUGUGACACUGAAUGUUGGUGUUUAAAACUGCCCAGUGUGAGAUUGUUCUGUGUAAUCUACAAACAAUUACCUCUCUGGAGAGUUUCAUUAGCUCUUGGUUUAUCAGCAACAACAAAAAUAAAUCCAGUGAUGCAUCUGAUGUGCGUGAACAAGGUAACAGCUCAAACAUGCUGUGAAGAGAAGUGUGCAUGUCUGAGUAUCACAUUUUAAAAUACAAAGUACACCAUGCAAUUGAAAUGUGAAUCUAUCUAAGGUCUGAAUGUCCUUUUUCUCUCUUGUAUGAGCCCUCUCGUCCCUCAUUCUUCUUUUUUUUGUCAUUUUAUUAUUGUUGAGUUGUUGUGUGACUGUCUGACUCUUCAUGGUGAGAUAUGUUUAUUAUAUAUCUGAAUUAAAAGUACUGUAGAUGUA